AUGAGAAGCAUCUCCCUCUUUCUUGCGGCCUUUUCUGCCCUACCACUUGCCUCUUCUCAUUACUUCUUCCCCCAUUUCAUUGCAAAUGACAACUUCACAGACUACUAUGAGUACGUCCGCGAAGACACACAAGGUUAUAUGCCCGUGAAGGGAGGAUACUCAAGCGAUGACUUCCGGUGCAACACCGGCUCCCAAGACUAUGCCAGCAAAACCGGGGUCUACACCGUUAAGGCAGGGGACACGAUUGGCUUCGGUACCGAUUUCAACGCUCAAAUCGAACACCCCGGUCCUCUGCAAGUGUACAUGUCCAAAGCAACCGGCGAUGUGCGCGAAUAUGAUGGUUCAGGAGAUUGGUUCAAGAUCUACGAGCUUGGUCCGGAGAGGUUUUCCAGCGAUGGUAUCACUUGGGGUGUUUAUGGAAAGGGAAAUUUUACCUUUACACUCCCUGAUGUCCCUGCUGGUCAGUAUCUUGUCCGGAUCGAGCAUAUUGCUGUUCACGGUGCGAUGGAGUGGGGUGGUGCUGAAUUAUAUUUCAACUGCGCCCAAAUUGAAGUCGAGAGUGACAGCGAGUCUAUUCCCGGGCCUACUGUUAAAAUUCCUGGUGUCUAUAAUGGCUAUGAACCUGGCAUUAUGUUCAAUAUGUAUAGUGACUCGAUUGUCAACUAUACAAUGCCUGGUCCAAGACCGUUCCCUGAUGACGCUGAUCCGGAUGUGACUGCGUCGGGUGUUAGUGUUGCUCCAUCGACUGCGUGGACUUUGCCUGCUGUCACGCAGUAUCCCUCGUCAGUGAUAGCUGCAUCUGCUGUUCAAACUACUUCCACGCCAUUCUCGAUGGAAACUCCAUCUGCCACUUCUGCCUCUCAACCCCUUUUUUCCUCUGUUUCCUCGGAGAAAGAGACUACACAACUACUUGAGGCAUCGGCUCCUCUUCGGACCGGUUCUGAGGUCUCGGUCCUUGCCACUGGUACCGCAUCGCCUGACUCUGGAGACUGUGAGCCACCUGUUACUGUCACUGUCAAAACUACCGUGACCGUCACCAAUGCACCCAGCUGCGUACCGAUGACUGUGACUGCUACCAUUACCACUACAGUCUUUGCGACUAACACCUAG